GUCGCCAUUACUGUCUGUGGUUGCCGUUGUUUUCCUCCUCUAUGUUGUCCGCAGGCUGAGGUGGUGAGAGAAUCAACAUUGGUUUUUGUGAGAUUGGGCAAAGACCAGUCUAGGACUGAGCCAGUGGGAAGAGGGGCACAGAUUGGGGACACAGCCUGUAUCUGUGACCAUUGUUUGGCAGAGACGGAAGUGUGUCAGGCACUAGAGUGACUAGGCCUCAUUGGUCAUGGCAGUGGACUUGGGGGACCAAUCCAGUGGCUUUAGCCACAGUGAAGUGAUUAGAUUUAUAAACAAUGAAAUCCUUAUGAAUGGAGGUGGCCCUGAGUUCUACAUGGCUUUCCGCAUGCGGCCCUGGAAUGAAAUAGAAGACCAGCUUUGCACCAUUCUGGUUGAUCCUCAGGUGCCACGUUCUCUCAAAAGGGCCUGUACCUGGAGCGCCUUGGCCCUGAGUGUACGAGUAGGUGCGAGGCAGCGUGAACAGCAGGCUUAUAUGGUAGGGUUGCCACAAGAUUCACUGGGGCAGUGCCCCUCGGCUCCCAGGGCCUCAGUCUCAGAGCUGUGGCAGCUGCGUCAACAACAAGAGGAGGCCAUCACCCAGUUGAUUUCCACUCAAGCUGCCCUACAGCAGGCGAUGAGAGAAUGUGAUGUGCUGCGCCGGCAGUUGCACCAUGAAAGGUUUGGCCAAAUGACUCCGCAGGUUCAUGAUGUAGUGUCUGGAGUCCAGACCCAACAGCUUGGUGCUUCCGUGAUGCCCAUGAAUCCAGAUCAUGCGAGAGUUAUGGGUGCAAUGGGUGGGUACACUGACAGGCAGUAUUUGGAAGCACAGGUGUCAGCUGCAGCAAAUGUUUUUUAUAUGCCAGGAAGCACAAGUCCCUGGCCCACAGCCAUGCAACCCUCUGUGCCAGUCCCAAUGCCAUACCAAUUCCCACCACAUCCACCAUUCCUAGUGGGAUCUCCAUUCUUGAUGCCCUUUUCACCUCCAGUAGUCAUGGAAACAGAAGGAGGUGUUGUAGUUCCAGUUCAGAUGCCUCCGCCUCCUGUGUAUCCAUCAAAUCCAUAUGCUGCCCCAUGCUCCCAGGAUCCCGCUGGUCUAUGGAACCAGAGAUGUUACAUGCCUCCUGAAGGUCCUCCAGUCAUCCAGCAUCCUGUUCCUCCAGAGGACAUCAGCAACUUCAGCCAGGAGGAAGACCCAGAGAAUACCCAGGAAACAGAUAUCAUGGGAGACAAUGGAAGGCACAUUGAAGGGCAAGAUGCACGAAGAACCCAGGAGAAGGCUACCCUUGUGGAUAUUGAAAAUGAUAAUGAAGAAGAAGAAGAAAAUAAAGAGGAGGAAUAUGAAGAAGCAACAACGCCAGUACCAGCAGAAGCUGAAUCAACAGCAGAUGCUGCUGCUGCUGAAGCAGAAGCAGAAGCAGACGCAGAAGCAGAUGCAGAAGCAGACGCUGAAGCAGAUGCCGAAGCCGAAGCCGACGCAGACGCAGAAGCAGAAGCAGAUGCACAAGCAGAAGCAGAAGCAGACGCAGACGUAGACGCAGACGCAGAAGUAGCAGAAGAAAAAGAAAAGGAAGAAGAGGCAGCAGCAACAUACGAUAAUACUGUAGAAGCGUUGCAGAUUCUCCAGCAACUACAUCUUCCUAAGGAAGGUGAGCUCUAUAGCCAAAGUGAAAACAGUCCCCAGGCAUCAGCCCCGGCUCCCUUGGGCUCUAGUAAAAAUCAAAUCAAAGAAGGUGUAAAAGAGGUCCAGUCAACCCCUGUGUGGGAGAGUUGGAGCCAAGUUGUGAGAGAAAGCCCAAAGAAACCACAGCCUGAGCUGCGGAAGAAGGACAAGAAGCCACAAGUGGAAGCAGCUUCGGAACCCCAGCCUGUCUCAGGCUCUGGGAUGAAUUGGAUCUGCCCAAGGUGUAAAGCUAUGAAUUAUUCAUGGCGCAAAGUUUGCUUUAAGUGCAGAAGGUGGUGACUUCCUGAUGACUGUUCCUGACAAGAUGAGACAUCGACGAAGUAAAGAAGAUGAAACUAUGAAGCCUUUGUUUUUCUUUUCUGUUUCUGUUUCCUUCUUAAUUCCCUUUUCCUGAAAAUACCACACAUUGACUAGGAACACUCAAAAUUGUAAUCUGCAUUGAAUUUUAGAAAUAGAACCUUUUAUUGAAAAUACUGACUUUUUCUUUUGUUUGCUUUUUUAGAAAAGUUCAUAGGUUAAAGUGGUGUUUAGAUACCAUGUCUCCACAAAUUUGCUUGUUGCCGAGCAAGCUGAUCUUGAUGCAUUAUAAUACCUUCCAAGAGUCAAAUGAAACAUCUUAAUUCUCAUGGACUUUAUAGUUUGGUGAGACCCCCCCCCACUAGCUAAAGCAAAGAAAAGUUAAAUUGUAAGAGAAGAAAAGAUUACUGGCACACAUUAUGGGAACACUGAAGAACAAACUAGUUUUGUUAGAGUUUUAUUUCUUCACUAGGAUGAUGGGCUAGCUUAAAAAAGGUUUGCAGGUUGUAAUGUUAAAUUCAAUAUGACAACAAAUUUGAUAUGUUUCAUGUAAUUCAUGAAACUGUUAUUUAGAGACUUCCAUAAGUGAAUUUGAGUAAACAAAUUGUUCUUUUACAUGCUCUCAUCCCAAGUGAGGUACUACCAGGAAGGAGCCAAGGGUGAGAGUUUGACUUUGCCUCCAGGUUGAACUAACGGGGUCACUUAGUUCCUUGAAUUACUCUAUUAACCAUAGUCUACCUUCCCAGGUUUUCUUUUUCUUCUGCUGCUACUAAAGAGCA